AUGGCUCAACUGGGUUUAAAAUUACUGAAAAAAAUUACUGAACAAGAAAAAGAAGCAUUUGUUUCAUUCUUUAAUGCAAUUUAUAUGGGUAAAAAACCUUCCCGAGAUGAAUUAAUUCAAGUUGCAAGAUUAUUUAAAAAUGAUCAUGUCUUGGAUAAUUUAUCUCGUCCUCAAUUGGCAGCAAUGGCAAAUUAUAUGAGUUUAAGACCAUUUGGUACUGAUACUAUUUUAAGAUAUCAAAUUAGGCAUCGUUUAUUAACGAUUAUUAAAGAUGAUAAAGCCAUUGAUUAUGAAGGGGUUGAUAGUUUAACUAUUCCUGAAUUACAAUUAGCUUGUAAUCAAAGAGGAAUUAAAACUAGUGAUGUUUCACCUGGUAGAUUAAGAGAAGAUUUAGAAACUUGGUUAGAUUUAAGAUUAAGACAAAAAAUUCCAUCUACUCUAUUGAUUUUAUCAAGUGCUUAUACUUAUGGUGAAAAAGGUAAUAGUAUUGAAAGUUAUUAUGAUGCCUUGUUGGCAGUAUUAAGUUCUAUUCCUGAUGAAGUUUAUAAUGUUGCUAAAUUGGAUUUAUCUGAUGAUUCUAAAUUGAAAUUAAAUAUUUUGAAAGAACAAGAGGAAUUAAUUGAAGAGGAAAAUCAAAGAGAAAAAGAUACAGUUACAAAAUUGAAAGAUGAUAUUAAAUUGGAUGAAUAUGAAGAAACUGCCACUGAUGGUAUGAAACUUGAAGCUCCUGAAGUUAGCCAUACAACACCUAAAUUGGAAGAAGUACCUGUGACAUCAUCAGAAUCAUCCUCAGAAUCAAAAGAAGAAGUAAAGUCAAAGUAA